UCAAUCAUGAAGGUACUCGUGGUUCUCGCACUUGCUGUUUUCUCCGGUUGCAACGCCAACAUCCUGUGGCAGGAGCCUCCCAAGAGCAACCUGGAGGUGGUGAAAGAUGCUUUCUGGGACUACGUUGCUAAAGCGACCCUCACUGCUGAGGACACCCUGAGGCAGAUCAGACAGUCUGAGCUGGGACAGGAAGUCAAUACCAGGAUCUCUCAGAGCGCUGACACAGUCAAUCAGUACAUCGUUGCUCUGCGCGCUCAGGCGGCUCCUCUGGCCCAGAACUUCAUGACUCAGUUUAACCAGGAGGCCGAGCUGCUGAAGGCUCGUCUGGAGAAAGAUCUGACCGCCGUGGGCACCAACCUGCAGCCCUACGCCGAGGAGCUGGUGGCACACGUCCAGAGGCAGGUGGAGGAGCUGAAGAAGGAAGCUGCCCCCUACGCCGAGGCCAUGGACCCAGAGGCCCUGAAGGCCGUCCUGCUGCAGAAGAGCCAGGAGCUGAAGGGGCAGCUGGAUAAGAGCGUGAACGAGCUGCAGGCCCAGAUGGUUCCCUUCACCGAGGAGAUGAAGCAGAAGAUGGAGCAGAGUGUGGAGGAGUUUCAGAGGAGCAUGAUCCCCAUGGCCCAGAGUUUUGAGACCCAACUGACCCAGAAAACCCAGGAGAUCCAGCAGAACCUGGCUCCGUACGGGGAGGAGCUGAAGGCCAAGCUGGACGCCAGCACCGAGGACCUGCAGGCUCAGCUGGCUGUUCUGUGGGAGUCCUUCACUAAGAAGACCCAGUAA